AUGAACAAGUCCGUUGCAUGGAAAAGACCAAGGACAAAAAAGUCCGUCAGAUUUGCCAAUACUCGCGCUGUCGUUACACUGAGCCCCGAAAAGGAAGCCGACAGCACAUGGUACGCUCAUCAAGAGUACCGAUCCAUGAAGGAUGUUUGCAAACAAGACGUGGUGGCAUACGCCCGUGCUAGAAAAUCUGGCACCAAGUCUCUGUUCGAUGCUAGUCAGAAUAGCGUGAGAGGCUUGGAGAACCUCUUCCCACCAAACAAGCGAAGAUAUGACAUGCUCAAGAAGCAACGCAUGAGUGCCAUUCUCGGGCAUCAGCACCAACAAAAGUCUUGCGGCUUCAAAGAUCCUGCUUCCCUGGCAUUUUUGUCAGAGCUCUUCUCCCGGGGGGCUCGGGAGAGAGCCAUUGAAUUGGCAAGAAGAGAUUCCAUGGUUUGGUUCAGCCCUUAG